UCACAGGGUUACCGAGUUCUGGGAAGUCGACAUGGGCGAGAAAGCUCGUGGCACAGUUGGAGACACGGAUUGCGUCGCUCACGCCAGGUGAGCCAGGUGCCAAUAUGAAGGUCACAUACCAUUCAGACGAGUCCCUUGGGAUCGUACACGAGUCGUACCGCGAGUCACGCACGGAGAAGUCGCUCCGUGGAGUGCAGAUGUCUGCUGUCAAGCGUGAUCUCGCACGCAACAAUAUCGUGGUGCUUGACUCUCCGGCGUACAUCAAGGGCUUCCGCUACCAGUUGCACUGCGAGGCAAAGGCGCUCGCCACGAGCUACUGCCUCGUGCACGUUAUGGCGCCAGUGGCAAUGUGUCUCACGUGGAAUGCAGCCUGCGAGUCACCGUGGGAUCCGCAGCUCUUGACGCAGAUGGCCAUGCGGUACGAAGAGCCGAAUGAACAAAAUCGCUGGGACUCACCGCUAUUCGCGCUUGCGUACGACGAGUCCGAGUUACCGUUUGCCGACUUGUGGAGCACCAUCGUCUUGAAGAAGGGCCCCACGCCCAAUGCCGCCACCGUCCUUAAGCCCGCCUCCGGGACGAACUUCUUGCAGGAGUUGGACAAGGAGACACAGGCGGUAAUCCAGAAGAUUGUCGCCCACCAACAGCUCCAGGCGACUGGCGGGAACGUAAUGGUUGCCGCUGGUGUGUCUGUAGAGCUUCCGCCAAGACCCGUGUCGAUUGCGCAGCUCCAGCGCAUCCGCAGGACGUAUGUUACGUUGAAUCGUAUGCGUACCGUGGAUGUCGAGCGAAUCAGCCCGCUAUUCGUGGACUAUCUCAACCGGAGUUUGAACAAUGAGGAGUCUAUUUAAAAUAGGCAAGAAUAUGCCUAGCAGGUUCAGAAUAACUUAUUUAGGAGCGUUAUCGGGAAUAUAUAUAUAGAUAAACGAGUAGGUUUGAUAAUGUG